GUCUGCAGUCUCUUGGUCAUCCCCUGUACUGUCUGCAGUCUCUUGGUCAUCCCCUGUAUUGUCUGCAGUCUCUUGGUGAUCCCCUGUACUGUCUGCAGUCUCUGGUCAUCUCCUGUACUGUGUCCGCAGUCUCUGAUCAUCUCCUGUACUGUGUCCACAGUCUCUGGUCAUCUCCUGUACUAUAUCUGCAGUCUCUGGUCAUCCCCUGUACUAUAUCUGCAGUCUCUGGUCAUCUCCUGUACUGUGUCUGCAGUCUCUGGUCAUCCCCUGUACUAUAUCUGCAGUCUCUGGUCAUCUCCUGUACUGUGUCUGCAGUCUCUGGUCAUCUCCUGUACUGUGUCCUGCAUCUCUGGUCAUCUCCUGUAUUGUGUCUGCAGUCUCUGGUCAUCUCCUUUACUGUGUCUGCAGUCUCUGGUCAUCUCCUGUAGUAUAUCUGCAGUCCCUGGUCAUCUC